AUGGGAGAUGCAAAGGGAGAGGGUGCAAGAGGAAAUGGAUAUAUAGAGGGGGCAGAUUUAGAUGGAAUAACAGAUUGGAGGCAGGAAGAGAUGGAGAGGGAGAGUGAUGGAAAGGCUAUGGACAAAGUGGGGAGGAGGAUGUGGACAGUGAGAAAAGGGAAAGGAGAAAAUGGAGAGAGGGGGUGGAGUAGAUGGACAGAGACGCUCUCUGCGGCGGAGAAAGGCAGGAGGCUGAUAAAGGCAGCUAACGAUGCGACAGUGCAAGAGCUGCAGAUGCUGCUGGCAGCUGGGGCUGAUGUGGGUGCGACGGAUGGGAAAAAGAAUACUGCGCUGCACUGGGCAGCCUGGGAGGGUCACGUGGAAGCGGCGAGCUGUCUGGUGGGGGCUGGCGCGGAGGUGGACGCCGGGAACUGGGUCCAGAACACGCCGCUCCACUGGGCUGCAUGGGGCGGCAGGCCGGCAGUGGUGCGGCUGCUGGCGGCGUCGUCUGCAGACCCCAAUGCCAGGAACGUGGACGGGGACACGCCGCUGCACUUCGCGGCCGAGCAUGGCCGCACGGAGGAGGCGACUGCACUGCUCGAUGCAGGGGCUGACAGCGGGGCCAGGAAUCACAAGGGGAAAACCCCAGUGGACCGCGCCAGGCAGUUCAACCUCCAACACUGGAAAGACAGGAUAAGACGACACUAG